UUUAAGGUGAUGCACAGUGUUACCAUGCUUUCAGUGAGGGCAAUGUCAGUGUACACUGUUUGAUAUUUACACAGCUUCUGUGGUCCCCUUAGCCGACACAACAUGGUUUGGUGCAGCAGGGUCCUGCUCAGGAAGUAUGGGGGAUUCAUAGACAAUUUGAGAGUCUUUGUAAAAGGUGGGUCUGGAGGAAUGGGCCUUCCGCGUUUAGGUGGAGAAGGAGGGAAAGGAGGUGAUGUCUGGGUGGUGGCAAAAAAUGACGUUACCUUAAAGAAAAUAAAAGACAAAUUCCCAAAUAAGCGAUUUCUUGGUGGAAAUGGCGGCAAUAGCAGUGUUCGUGCACUAAAAGGUGCCUCAGGAUCCUCAUGUCACAUUGAUGUGCCUACAGGAAUAACCAUUACAACUGAUGAUGGACUCAAGAUUGGAGAUCUGGAUAAAGAGGAAGACAGAUUGCUGGUUGCCAGAGGUGGUUAUGGGGGCAUGUUUAGGACUGAAUUCAUUCCAUCUAAAGGCCAGAAAAGAAUAAUCCGCAUGGACCUGAAGCUCAUUGCAGACAUUGGAUUAGUAGGGUUUCCAAAUGCAGGAAAAUCCUCUUUAUUGACCAAAGUUUCUCAUGCAAAACCCCAGGUCGCUGACUAUCCAUUUACAACUGUGAAACCAGAAUUGGGCAAAAUGAUGUAUCCUGAUUUUAAGCAGAUCUCAGUAGCUGAUCUUCCUGGUUUAAUUGAGGGUGCACAUAUCAACAAAGGGAUGGGCCACAAAUUUCUCAAACACGUAGAAAGAACUAAACAGCUACUUUUUGUGGUUGAUGUUGAGGGAUUUCAGCUCUCUCCUAAAACCCCAUUCAGAACUCCUUUUGAAACCGUUCAGUUACUCACAAAGGAGCUUGAGUUGUACAAAAAGGAGCUUUUAGACAAACCUGCCUUGCUUGCAGUCAACAAAAUGGAUCUACCAAAUGCAGAAGACAAAUUUCAAGAACUGGUGCAACAACUAGAAAAAUCACAUGAAUUUCUGAAUUCGCUCCCGGAUGACCUGCUCCCUGAAAGACAAGUAGAGUUUAAGUAUAUCCUUCCUAUCUCUGCUGCCACAGGACAAGGUGUGGAAUCUCUUACAGAUUGUAUUCGGAAGUCACUAGAAGAACAAGCUGAUAUAGAAAUCAGAGAACUGAGUCAAGAGAAACUUCAAAGUCUUCAGACAGUAACUCCUCAAGCAAUAAAUAAGAGACGCAAAAAAACAGUUUCACGAUACUCAUAGCAUUAACUUUAAUCUAUUGAGUUGUCUGAUUUAAAUUCUAACGAUGUAUUUUACAUUUCCAGUUAUAAAUACAGUAUGUGAUAAGUAUAUGCUUUGACUUUUAUAUUUUUGGUAAAUUAGUGAGAUAUUAAGUCUUAAUAAGAAGGUGCUUGCUCAGUUAAUCGGAUGCCAUCUGUUCAGGAAGAAAAAGAAAAUCAUGAAAUUCUAUAAAUCAGCCCAGUAAUCUUGUCAUAUUUUUGCUGAUAAUAACAAAGUGAAUAUAAAGUUUGAAAAGUGUAUAUCACACCAUAUUUAAUAACUUUAGACAGCUCUAAGAAUAUGUAAAUAUCAUUGAUAUUGCCACAAUUAUUUCAGUGGUAGUGUAAUAUAUUUAAUAAUAAAAAAAAAAACUUAUUUGUG